AUGGUGAAGAAAAGUUCACAAUUGCCCUCUACCAGCGAACAGAUCCUGGAAAGGUCCACGAAAGGAGCCACGUUCCUCAUGAUGGGCCAACUUUUUACCAAGGUGGUAACGUUCAUAUUAAAUAAUUUGUUGAUCAGGUUUCUUUCACCCAGAAUUUUCGGUAUCACAGCCUUUUUAGAAUUUAUACAGGGCACCGUGUUAUUUUUUAGUAGAGAUGCAAUUCGUUUGUCGACGUUGAGAAUCUCAGACUCCGGUAAUGGAAUACUCGAUGACGAUGAUGAGGAGGAGUACCAGGAGACUCAUUACAAAUCUAGAGUGCUGCAGACCGCGGUUAAUUUUGCGCACAUCCCGUUUUGGAUCGGGUUCCCACUGUCCAUUGGUCUUAUCGCGUGGCAAUACAGGAACAUCAACGCGUAUUUCAUCACUCUGCCAUUCUUCACGUGGUCGAUCUUUCUUAUUUGGCUCAGUAUCAUCGUCGAACUGUUGAGCGAACCAUUCUUUAUCGUCAACCAGUUCAUGCUGAACUAUGCCGCAAGGUCGAGAUUCGAAAGUAUUGCGGUGACUACAGGAUGUAUUGUCAAUUUUAUAGUUGUUUAUGCUGUCCAGCAAUCUCGAUACCCGAUGGAGAUUGUCACUUCGGACAUUGACAAAGAAGGCAUCGCCAUAUUAGCGUUUGCCUUGGGCAAGUUAGCUCAUUCGAUCACCUUACUAGUAUGUUACUAUUGGGACUAUCUCAGGAAUUUCAAACCAAAGAAACUAUUCAGUACUAGGCUAACGAAGAUAAAAGUACAUGAAAAUAAUGAAUUGAAGAAAGGCUAUUCAAAGAAUACAUCUUAUUUUUUCCAAAACGACAUUUUACAGCAUUUCAAAAAAGUCUAUUUUCAACUAUGUUUCAAGCAUUUGUUGACAGAGGGUGAUAAGUUGAUUAUUAACUCCCUAUGUACCGUAGAAGAGCAAGGAAUUUAUGCUUUACUGUCGAACUAUGGCUCGCUUCUGACAAGGUUGUUAUUUGCGCCGAUUGAAGAAUCUCUGCGGUUAUUUUUGGCCCGUUUGUUGUCUUCGCAUAAUCCAAAGAAUUUAAAGCUAUCUAUCGGAGUCCUGGUCAAUUUAACAAGGUUUUACAUAUACUUAUCGUUAAUGAUCAUCGUAUUUGGGCCCGCCAAUUCAUCUUUUUUACUGCAGUUCUUGAUCGGCUCAAAAUGGUCCACUACUUCCGUUUUGGACACCAUAAGAGUUUACUGCUUUUACAUCCCAUUUUUAUCGCUUAAUGGUAUUUUUGAAGCAUUUUUCCAAAGUGUGGCCACUGGUGACCAAAUUUUGAAGCACUCAUACUUCAUGAUGGUCUUUUCUGGUAUUUUCUUACUCAAUUCCUGGGUCCUUAUUGAAAAACUCAAAUUAUCAAUCGAAGGCUUGAUAUUGAGUAAUAUUAUCAACAUGGUGCUAAGAAUAUUGUAUUGUGGUGUUUUCUUGAACAAAUUCCAUAGGGAAUUGUUUACAGAUUCCUCUUUUUUCUUCAAUUUUAAGGAUUUCAAAACGGUUAUCAUCGCUGGCUCAACGAUUUGUCUAGUUGAUUGGUGGUUUAUAGGAUACGUUAAAAAUUUACAACAGUUUUUUGUCAACGUGUUAUUCGCAAUGGGAUUAUUGGCGUUAAUCUUGGUCAAGGAGCGCCAAACCAUACAAUCAUUUAUGAAUAAAAGGGCACUCUCCAAUUCCAAAGAUGUAUAA